GAGGCCUGGCUGGUGGCUGCGAGGGACGCGUCUCUGCCCGCCAUGGCCGCCCCCGCGGGGCGCGGAGCGCCCCUGGCGCUGGGGCUGAGCGGGCUGCUGUUCGCGCUGUGCGGCCUCGUCCUGCUCUUCGUCCUGCCCAGCCUGGUGCGGGACCAGGUCAUCAAGAACGUGAGGAUCGAUCCCAAUAGCUUUGCCUUCACUAUGUGGAAAGACAUUCCUGUUCCUUUUUACCUGUCAGCCUACUUAUUUGAGGUGAUGAAUCCAAAAGAGAUUCGUCUGGGAGCCAAGCCUGUGGUGAAUCAGCGUGGGCCUUAUGUUUACAGAGAACACAGGUAUAAAACAAACAUAACGUUCCAUGACAAUGGUACAGUUUCCUUCCUGGAAUACCGGCAAUUUUACUUCCAGCCAGACCUGUCAGACGGGAGGGAAGAGGAUUACAUUGUUGUGCCAAACAUCCUUGUGAUGGGCACAGCCAUUAUGAUGGAGAACCUACCUCAGUUUUUGAAGGUGAUAAUAAGUGGCGCACUGGCUGGCUUGGGACAGGACGCUUUUAUGAAUCGAACCGUGGGAGAGAUCAUGUGGGGCUAUGACGACCCACUUAUAGACGUGCUGAACAGUUUAGUGCCUGGUCUGAUCCCUUUCAAGGGGAAGUUUGGCUUAUUUUUGAAUUUUAACAACUCGAAUACAGGACUGUUCACUGUGUAUACUGGGGCCACAGACAUCAAUCAAAUCCACACAGUGGAUACAUGGAAUGGAUUAAAAAAGGUGAAUUACUGGCGCUCCAAUGAGUGUAACAUGAUCAAUGGGACUUCUGGAGAGAUGUGGCCUCCUUUCAUGACCCCUUCUUCCUCUCUAGAGUUUUAUAGUCCUGAUGCCUGUCGAUCCAUGAAGCUAGUGUACGAGCAGUCUGGAGUAUUUAAAGGGGUGCCGACCUAUAGAUUUGUGGCUCCGAAGACUUUAUUUGCCAACGGAACAGAUUAUCCUCCAAAUGAAGGCUUCUGCCCCUGCAGGGAAUCUGGAAUCCAGAAUGUCAGCGCUUGUAGAAUGAAUGCACCAGUGUUCAUAUCCCACCCACACUUCUAUGAUGCUGACCCUGUCUUGGUGGAAGCGGUCGAUGGAUUACAUCCCAAUAAGGAGCAGCAUGGGCUCUUCCUUGACGUUCAUCCGGUCACAGGAAUUCCCAUGAACUGCUCAAUCAAGCUGCAACUGAGUCUGUAUAUAAAGAAGGUCUCUGGCAUAAGUCAAACAGGACAGAUCAAGCCGGUUGUCUUGCCUAUGCUUUGGUUUGCAGAAAGCGGAGCCAUUGAAGGUUCAGUCUUACAGCAGUUCUACACCAACCUGGUACUGAUCCCGUCUGUGCUGGAGUACGUGCAAUAUAUCUGCAUCGCUCUGGGUGUCGCUUUGAUUGUUGCUGCCAUUGUACUGGAGGUAAAGAGACAGAGAAACGCCAGAGAGAAGAGCCCACGAGAGCCAGACCCACAGACUGAACCCCCUUGGUCUUCAGAAACAACACCACUCCUUCAAGAUGCUAGUAAAACAAACCAGAAUGAUGCUGCUGAAGCCUGAAGUGCCAGUCUCUUACAGGAGGGUAAUUCCCACUGGUACCUGUGACCGUACUUAGAGAUCAGAUUCACUCUGGGUCCAUUGGCAGGAUCCUAGAAAGGAGAGGCAGAGUUGGAUAAAAUAACAGAUUCUGAACUCUCUUGAGAGGCACAAAGUAAUCUCCAAGGCUAUUGAACUGUAUUGCCAUGGCUCUUAUGUCCUGCACCAAGACACAGGAUGAGGAUAAAACCACUUCAGUCCUAGCAUUUGAAAUACAAAAUAUUCAACAUUUGUUGGCCUGGGGCUGACAUGGGCUGAGACCUCUCACCUGCUACUUCCAGCCUGGUAGGGAUGAAGAACGCCUUCUGGCUAAUCCCCUGAAGUCCUUUCCUGUGCCCACAUAGUGUCUUUCCACUUAGAAGAUGAGAGUCCUAAAAGAAAUAGGCACUCUAAUAGCUAAUCCUUUAAAGCAGACAAGGUUUACAUGUGGUGUGGAAAUAACUGGUUUUAUAUAGAAAAAUUUCAGUAUUUAACAGCCUGUGCUGCUCAAGGCUUAUGGGGAGGUGCUUACUAAAUAGAUCUACACUGGCUUAAGCUCACUCCCAUUCAGGAGGGAUGGAUUCAUUUGCUCAAGUUCGAUGAGUGGAAAUAAGAUGUGGGGCACAUGAGAACUCGAGAUGUAUGCUGCCAACUCGUUCAAUAUACCAGUAUGAGGCUAGGCAGCUAUGUGCAGGUGUAAGAGUCAAGGUUGAUUGCUGUUCUGGAGGGGUGAUGCUCUAGACUGAAGGCUCGCUCAUCACUACUUUAAGGCAUAGUGGGUUUUUUCCAAAAUGAGCAACUUGGUUUAUCUGGCUAGUUGGUUCCCAAGUGCCAUUGUUUAGAUACGCGGCAGUGGCUCUCCUUUGAUUUCUGCUAAAGAAAUAUUGUUUAGCUCCCUGGCUAUCCCACCUGCACUUCUGUGGUGCACUCAUGCAGAAGCCACUGAUUUGUUUGGAAACCACUUACUCUUUACAAGUCUUUAGUUUUUCCCCCCUGGAUUUCAAAUUAAUAGGAGCUCUUCUACCUACACAGAGCCAAUCAGGUGCAUUGCAUUGUUCCACAUGUGACCUCAGACUCUAGUAGAACCAUCAGAAAUGUCUGUAAUCAUGACACUGUACAAUGUCACCAUGGUUAAGAGCUAUUCCAGAGCUGCUCCAUUCCCCAAUCAGCUGAGAGCUCUUCCUUGCAGCGUGACACUUGUGCUACCCCGUAAGGAUGGGAACUGAAAACUAGUUGGGAGAAUGGGAGGCAGGCCACACUCCAGCCAAGAAGACUUCGUGGCUGUUUUGUAACAGCAGAGUGAAAAGUCAUUCUGCAGGCAGUGUUCCCUGUAGGUUUCCACGCUGUAAAGCCUUUGCCAUGUCAGGCGAUUCCAUAACGUAGUGGGUGGCUCUGAGGGCACCUUAAAUGCAGCAGACCAGCAACAGCUGAAAUGCCCCCGAAUGGUAGGAAAACCACUCCUGUGGCUUCAGCUUUGUGUUGCAAGUACUGAUGGCAGCAAAGGACCUUCCUAUGUGCAGCACAGGUGUGCAUGGGCCAUACACAAUGUAGGGCUUCCAGAGGGGUUGAGGAUUUUUCACCAUGCAAAUUGCUAUUAACCGCUCUGCCGUAAGACUGCUUGGAUCAGGGCUCUGAGAACACUCUCCUUUCUUAUGGCUCCUGUGCUAGUGCUGGGCAUGCCCAGCAGGUAUGGUAUGUUGAGGGACAUGUAUCAAGACACUAGCUUAGAUCAUAGACUCUUGGCAAAUGGCUAGUAGGGUUCGUACCCCAA